UGCAAUGGCGGCUUCCGGAGUGUUGGUGCUGUCGCUGCGGUCGCGGAUGUUGUCCCUCAGUUUAAGGCCAUUAUGGUGUGUGCAUCUCCCUUGUUAUUCAAGGGUCCCCAUUCGAAAGUUUUCCAACUGAUCUCCACAAGAAUUAAGGACUUCAUUCACCGUCACAACUUGGAACCGACCCUUGUGAAAGCUUACACCAUCAUCUGAACACUUCUUACUUGGGCAGCUCAUCUUUGCUGCUCUGUCGAAGCUUUGUAGCUUGAUCCCCAUCUUUGUUUCUUAUCACCGGAUUCUGCAAACAAUCUCUUUUGGAGCCAUUACUCGUGUCCGUCCUUUGCACCUUUUAGUAGCAACAGGCAGUGGGUAUGUGGGCUACUGGCAGUACGACAAGUACAAACAGCGAGAACUGGAACGUCAUGGAUUAGAAGGGCUGAGACAACGGAGCAUAGCUGCUGCGUGGCAGGUUAGCUUGUUCCCAGUGUCUUCAACAGGAUACCUUUUGUGACAAAAGAACCAGUUAUCAGAAGGUUGAUGCCGAUAAGAGGACAAUGGGGGAACAUGCAAGGUGCUAAUAAAAGAGAGACGAGAGAGAUUACCGAAAGGAGACAUGGUUCCAAGUAUUGUCAGAGACCGGUGGCUUUGAACCCUGAACUGUUUGAAGUUUGAUGGACAGGCAAUACCCCAGCAGGGGGAUAAAAAGGGACAGGUUCGCUAAGGCAACAGACACACGACACCACAAGGUAAUGAGACCCUGGAAGCGGUGUGCCUCCCCACAAGUUGGUGGGAGUUUUGGAGGUCUGGUCGCGGGACCAGCCAUAGACGCACAGGAUAGAAAGGUACGGGUCGGCGGGAACCUGGUGUGUGUGUCCGCCCUUGCCUGGGUGCCGGGUUCACCGCAGAAGAACGAUCGUAUCUGGAAUGGAGGGGUCACAGUCUGUGACCUCAGAAGACAUUACAAAGGGCUCGCCCGAAAGCUAACUGCGAGGAAUAUCGAAGGUCUGUUUGAAAACUGAUUUGCAUAUUUAUUCGUUCUCUCUCUCUCUCUCCCCAACGACACGACGGCGAUUACUGCGAAUUGAAUUAAACUGAACUCUGUGUCACUUGAUGACUGAUCAUUUUACCCCUAGACUGUGAUAGAGCUUGAUUGAUCCGAUUAUCCUAGUUCUGUGUACAUGUGUGUUUAUUCAUUGCUGAACUGUUGCAUUUAUAUCCUUUUGAUUAGAGUACUGUGUUGCUUCUUUCUUUAAUAAAACUUUCUUAGUUCCAGUAAUCCAGACUCCAACUAAGUGGUCCAUUUCUGCUGGUUUAGCAACCCAGUUACGGGGUACAUAACAUAAGUGGGGUUCUCGUCCGCGAUUUUGAACACUAAAUUUGGGACUGGGUAAAUUGAUGGGGUUAAAAUUUCCGAAAGAAAGAAAAGGCAAACAACAGAAAUGGAUGUUGAGGAAUUUCUAAAGGUGCUGACCUCGGAGGCAUUAGAGGAUGCCAGGAAAGCGGAAUUGGCAGCUGUGGCCAAACGGUUGAACCUUGUUAAGGGGAAGUCGACAAUGAGGAGAGAGGAGAUACACAGAGCUAUCGUAGAGCACUAUGUAUCUAAAGGUGUGUUUCCCCAAGGGGAGCUGGAGGUGAUAUCUAUUGGAAAACCUGGUGGAGACGCAGUACAGGUGCAGCUUGAAAAAUUGAGACUCGAGCAUGAGUUCCGGGUACGGCAGCUGGAACACGAAGAGAAACAGAGGGAAAAGGAAUUCGAACUGGAGAGGUUAAAGAUAAGGGCAGAGCAGGGGGCCAUGCCGAACCAAGAUGGAGGGUUCAGGGCGACCCAGGAGGUUAGGCUGGUUCCCCCAUUUGAAGAUACCGAUGUGGAUCGGUACUUUCUCCAUUUCGAAAAAGUUGCUGCAAGUCAGGACUGGCCGAGGGAUAAGUGGGCUAUUUUGCUUCAGAGUGUACUUAAAGGAAAAGCCCAACAAGCUUACUCGGCUUUGUCCGCGGAAGAUACCCAGAGGUAUGAGGUGGUGAAAGAGGCCAUCCUCAGGAUUUAUGAAUUGGUCCCGGAGGCAUACCGGCAGAGGUUCCGGAAUGCGAGGAAGCAGUGGGACCACACGCAUUUAAAGUUUGCCCGUGAGAUGCAGACAUAUUGUGAGCGUUGGUGCGCCUCGAAGGGGGUAAAUGGGGAUUAUGACAGACUGCUACAGUUGAUCCUGAUUGAGCAGUUUAAAGGUUGUGUCCCUGAUGGUAUGAGACCCUACCUAGAUGAGAGAGAGGCAGAAACUUUAGCCGCAACUGCUAAGUUAGCGGAUGAGUACACGUUGACACAUAAAACGAAGUUUGCCCCGAGUAAAGGCUACCAGAAGGGUAGUCGGGACGGCGGGGAGAGUCCACCAGAAAAGUCAGAAAGUAAGCCGGGGACUAGUGAGAAGGAUAAGGUAGACUGGGAGCAGUCUGGUAGGAAGUCUCCUGGGGUCGUAUGUUAUAAUUGUGGGAAAGCCGGUCACUUUGCGUCCAGGUUCUUUGCCCCAAAGAAGGAGACGGGAAAAGGAAAAACGGCGGUUCCGACUGGCUGUAUUGAGUUGGUAAACAAACCGCUGGGGAAGGAGAGGUCUGAUAAAGUUCGGGAAGGGCGCGAGAGGUUUAUCUCGACCGGAUUGGUGUCGGUGAAGGAGGGGUUAAACCCAGUUCCAGUGCGGAUCUGGAGAGACACGGGAGCGUGUCAGUCAUUGAUAUUAAAGAGUGUGUUAGACUUUAGUUCAGAGACCCAGACUGGGAAAGUCAGGGUGAUAAAAGGCAUUGGGAAAGGGACUGAGGCAGUGCCCUUGCACCAGAUACACCUAAAAAGCGACUUGGUCUCUGGACCGGUCAUGAUCGGGGUGAGGCCUGAGCUACCGAUGAAAGACGUGGAAGUCUUACUCGGUAAUGAACUCACCGGUGGAAAUGUGUUCUCAGCAGUAAAACUGACAGGCCAGCCUGCCAGCAUUGAGGCCCGCCGAUGGACUCACAGGUUCAUCCCGGUUGCGCAGUGACUUGGCGUAUGUCCAGGAAGGCUGCCGAAGUAAAUUUAGCUGAGACGUUUCUACCAGCCUUGUACGGGGGGAGGUAGAAAGUGAAAAGAAGGAGCGUAGUGAAACAGGAGAAAGUGAGGGAGUUGAGGCAGACUUAGCAUUAGCAAGGAAGGACUUUGUACAGACACAGGAGCAAGACGAGGAGCUGCGGGUUUCGGCGGAGACAGCUCUCUCUGAAGCAGAAUUAAAAAGGGAGCCAGUAGGCUAUUGUGUGGAGGAGGGAGUGCUAAGGAAGAAAGGGAGACCAAGUACCGUGCCCGCAGAUGAGGAAUGGGGGGUGGUGCCAAAAAUUUAUGGGGAUGAGAUUCAUAACCUGGCCCACAGGAUACCCCUCGGUGGACAUUUUGGGGGGAGGAAGACAGUCGGCGGAAUCAUAAAAGAGUUUUACUGGUUGCACAGGAGGAAGGAUGUUAUUGACUAUUGCAGAUGUGAGUUAACACAGUUGGAGGAUAUUAACAUGUUAAAAGCUCACCACGAUCAGAAAACAGAUCUGGCUGGUGAUAUCAUGAAAAUUAAUGAGGCUAGGGUGCCACCUGAUAAGGGGAAAACCCAUUUUGAAAAGAUAAGUGUGGUGCUGACCAGAUGGGAGAACUCUAUUGUGUUGACCGACUUUCCUGUUGAGUUCUCUCCCUUAAUCCCAGAACAAAGUGAACCGCUAGGAGAACUAAUUAAAUGACACGCCCACAUAGGUCCAGAUGUCCCGAGGCGAUGCAAAGAGCUGGGACAUGGAGCUGUUGCCACAUCAGGUCAGUCUAGUGAGCAACACCCCUAUAGAAUGAUUAAUUCAGUGACAAACAGGCUAAGGAGCACAGAAGUGUAUAUUGGCGAUAUAGUGGUCUGGAGUGACACGUCACGGCGGUAGAGGAGCUGUUUAAAUGGCUGUCUGAAGCCAGCCUGACAGUGAUCCUAGCAAAAAGUGAGUUCGGCCGCGCGAAGGUCACUUAUCUGGGAUUUGUGGUAGGACAGGGGCAGCUGGCUCCAAUGCAAGCUAAGGUGCGGGCUAUCUCUGAAGUCCCCACCCCGACAGACAAGAGAGCCCGGAGAAGGUUCUUGGAGAUGGUGGGGUACUAUCAGAAGUUUUGUCGGAAAAAAAACAACUUUGCGGAUAGUACCCACCCUCUUACUAAGCCCUUGCCAAAGAAUGCUAAGUUGGUAUGGGACGACCCUUGUUAUCUGUGUCCGGGACAAAAACCAUUGAGAAGUUGCACUGAUCACAAUUCAUUAGUGUUUUCGGCCACUAUGAAGUUUGCUAAGUUGGAGCCUGGUUUUAGAGGAAUAUUAAAAUAAGAAAAUGUGAUUGCUGACUGUCUGUCAGGUGUUGACAACUUAAAAGUCUCUGUAUUAGCCAAAUAGCUGAUGAACAUGUAUAUUUGUGUGUAUCUAAUAAUGUAUUCCUGCCUAUUAUUUUUACCCCGGUAAAAAUCCUUUGAAGGGUAGGAAUGUGACAAAAGAACCAGUUAUCAGAAGAUUGAUGCCGAUAGGAGGACCAUGGGGGAACAUGCAAGGUGCUAAUAAGAGAGAGACGAGAGAGAUUACCGAAAGGAGACACGGUUCCGAGUAUUGUCAGAGACCGGUGGCUUUGAACCCUGAACUGUUUGAAGUUUGAUGGACAGGCAAUACCCCAGCAGGGGGAUAAAAAGGGACAGGUUCGCUAAGGCAACAGACACACGACUCCACGAGGUAACGAGACCCUGGAAGCGGUGUGCUCCCCAACAAGUUGGUGGGAGUUUUGGAGGUCUGGUCGCGGGACCAGCCAUAGAUGCACAGGGUAGAAAGGUACGGGUCGGUGGGAACCUGGUGGGUGUGUCCGCCCUUGCCUGGGUGCCGGGUUCACCGCAGAAGAACGGUCGUAUCUGGAAUGGAGGGGUCACAGUCGGUGACCUCAGAAGACAUUACAAAGGGCUCGCCCGAAAGCUAACUGCGAGGAAUAUCGAAGGUCUGUUUGAAAACUGAUUUGCAUAUUCAUUCGUUCGUUCUCUCUCUCUCUCUCUCUCUCUCUUCCCCCCCCCCCCCAACAACACGACGGCGAUUACUGCGAAUUGAAUUAAACUGAACUCUGUGUCACUCGAUGACUGAUCAUUUUACCCCUGGACUGCGAUAGAGCUUGAUUGAUCCGAUUAUCCUAGUUCUGUGUACAUAUGUGUUUAUUCAUUGCUAAACUGUUGCAUUUAUAUCCUUUUGAUUAGAGUACUGUGUUGCUUAUUUCUUUAAUAAAACUUUCUUAGUUCCAAUAAUCCAGACUCCAACUAAGUGGUCCAUUUCUGCUGGUUUGGCAACCCAGUUACGGGGUACGUAACACUUUUUAAAUUGUCUGUCACACCAUGUUGCUCUGAUGCCUAUCCAUUCUUAGCCUGAAUACACCAGCUGUGGCUUCUCUUGCCCGUUCCCCCUCUGCUAAUUUUGUAGCCUGAGACUAUCCUCUUAACUGUCAACAACUCCACCA